GGUGGGCGGGGCUGCCGCUGAUGGCGGUGCUCUGCCUGGCGGUUGGGUUCGCGGGCACUCGGCUGGGCAUGUGCUGGGUGUUGCUGGAGCACCGCUGGCCGCAGUACCGCGCGCCCUGCCGCCAACCUUACCCGGCCAUCGCCCGCCGCGCCCUCGGCAUCCCGGGACAGUGGGUGGUGGUGGUGGCCCAGACUCUGACGCUGGUGGGGGUGACGGCGGUGGUGCUUAUCCUAACCGGGGACCUCCUGGCCUCCCUGGCGACUCCCCUGCUCUCCCCCUGCCUCUGCACUGGGGUCGUGGCCUGCCUGCUGCUCCCCGCGUCUUGGCUGGCCACACCGAAGGAUUUUUGGUUCGUCUCCGUGGCAGGUGUAGUGGUGACGGUGCUGCAGUGUGUGGUGGUGGUGGUGACGACGGCGCUGGAAGGCACACCAUCUCCCGACCCCUCCAUCACCACCAACACUACCUUCACGAACACCACCAACACCACCAUCACGAUCUAUCCUUUCUAUACGUCCCCGUCCCUCUCCUCCUUCUUCCUCGGCUUCGGAACCAUCCUCUUCUCCUUCGGGGGCGCCUCCACCUUCCCCACCAUCCAGAACGACAUGGAGGACAGGACUCGCUUCCCUGUCAGUGUCACCAUCGCCUUCCUCGUCCUUCUGGCCCUGUACAUGCCGGUGUCAGGGGUAGGAUAUGGUGUCUUCGGAGUCCACGUGCCCAGUAACAUCCUGCUGGCGGUUUCCGGGGCGGCCGUGACAACUGUGAGGGUCUUUCUCUUCGUCCACCUGCUCUUCGCCUUCAUCAUCCUCCUCAACCCGGUGGCCCAAGGCGCGGAGGAGCUGCUCGGCGUUCCUCAUGCGUUUGGGUGGCGGCGGUGUGCGGUGCGGAGCCUGCUGGUGGCGGUGGAGGUGGUGGUGAGUCUCCUCGUGCCAGACUUCCAGGCGGUGCUCAACCUGGUGGGCGGCUCAACCAUCGCUCUCAUGUCCUUCGUGCUGCCGCCCCUCUGUUACCUCCGCCUCAGCGACGCCCCAGACGACUCGGGACGCCCCCACAGGGUUGUGGGGGCGUGGGAGCGUGUGGCGCUGUGGGGCGUGGCAGUCGUGGGCGUGGCGGGUGGCCUCGUUACUACCUACACGGCCGCGUCGGUGCUGGCGUCCCCGGCGGUGCAGCAGCGCUCGUGCUUUUAGUAGUCAGGGCUUUGCGGGGCCGGGCUUGUGCUGCCGGUGUGGUGUCAUCUGUCAUCUGGUAUCCUAUAUAAGACAUCCCAUACUUAAUUUCGCAUCGCGGAACCCAAUCUUUACUAUCACAGAGUAACUAAGUGAAGCAUCUAAGUGUAAAAACAGUACCAAGGAGGUCAUAAAAAGAGAUGCAAAGCAGAACAGGUCACAAGAAGAAGAAGAAGAGUGAUUAUUGAUAUCCUAGUUAUAUACAUACAUACGUCAUCAUUUGCUUUCAUAAUAAUAUAAAUAAACUUGGGUGGGACAGAUCCCGACAAACAGUCGACAAAAGACACGGUACCAUGUCGAGAUUGAUGUAUGUAUUCAGGAUGGGAUGUCUCACGAUCUUGGGAUGUCUCAUGACACCACACCGGGGCUCGGAGGCUGACCGCCGCCUAGCCUGGCUGGCUGACUGGCACUCACCGGUAUAGCAAAGUUGGGUUGUUUGAAUUUAUUAAGCCAUAAGUUUAUUUAACCUUGUUUUCUAAAUAAAUUAUGCUGAUUU